CUCACUUCUGUCGACUCUGUUUCCAUCUCCCGAGUAAAUACAGAAGCAAAAAAUCCAUUUAAGAUCUCUCCCACCUGUUUUGGUUCCACAUGCGGAUUACCAUUCUGGUCUUCCAGAGGGCCAAAUUUAUCUCUUGCAAUAAUAAAUAUCAAGAACAUGAGGUAUAAGGGACCAGAUACAUAGAAACAUAGCAAUAGCGCAAUACAGGCCCUUCAGCCCACAAAGUUCUGCUGAACAUGUCCUUACCCACAGCCCUCUAUUUUUGUAAGGUCCAUGUACCUAUCCAGGAACCACCACCGCUGCCAUUCCACGUACAAUGAGGACUUAGGUAUGUAUGGCCUUAUGCGUGGUAGGUCAAGUCCAAACAAUCACAGAGUUUUUUUGAGAAAGUUACCAGGAAAGUGGAUGAAGGUAAGGCAGUGGAUGUUGUCUGCAUGGACUUUAGUAAGCCAUUUGACAGGUUCCUGCAUGGGAGGUUGGCCAAGAAGGUUCAGCCGCUCAGCAUUCAGGAUGAGGGAGUAAAUCGGAUUAGACAUUGGCUUUGUGGGAGAAGCCGGAGAGUGUAGUGAAGGGUUGUCUCUCUGACAGUGGCUAGUGGAGAGCCACUGUGCUAGGUCCUCAGUUGUUUGUCAACUAUAAUCAAUGGAUGAUGAUAUGGUUAACUAGAUCAGCAAAUCUGUGGAUGACACCAAGACUGGGGGUGUAAUGGACAGUGAGGAAGACUAUCAUUGAAAGUGGCAUCACAGGUAGAUAGGGUCGUAAAGAAAGCUUUGGGCACAUUAGCCUUCAUACAACAAUGGGUCAAGUAUGGAAGAUGGGAUGUUCGUAUAAGAUGUCAGUGAGGUCUAAUUUAAAGUACUGUGUGCAGUUUUGGUCACCUACUGACAGGAAAGAUGUAAACAAGGUUGACAGAGUAGAGAUAAAAUUUACAAAGGUGCUGUUGGGUCUAAGGAAAGAUUGAAUAGGCUUGGUCUUCCGUGUUCUUUAGAACAGAGAAGAUUGAGAGGAGAUUUGAUAGAGUUAUACAAAAUUAUGAGGGGUAGAGAUAGGGUAAAUGCAAGCAGGCUUUUUCCACUGAGGUUGGGUAGGACUACAGCCAGAGGUCAUGGCUGAAGAGUGAAAGAUGAAAGGGGAAACUUCAGUCAGAGUGCGGGAUAUUUGCCAGCACAAGUGGUGCGUGCAAUCUUGAUUUCGAUGUUUGGAUGGGUAUGUGGACAGUCGGGAUAUGGAAUGCUAUGGUCCUGAUCAGGUUGUUGAGGGUGGGCAGUUUAAACGGUUUUGGCAUGUUGACCCAAACAGCCUGUUUCUGUGCUGUUCUUCUUUAUGACAGUAUGAAAAGUCCUUGAAAAUGAGUCCAUUGGUUGUGGAAACAUUUGAAUAAUGGGGCAAAUGAAGGUGAGUGAAGAUAUCCCCUUUGGUUGAAGGGUGGUCCGAGUCCCGAGUCUCCUGUACCCCUUUCCUGCUGACAGAUGCAAGAAGGGAGUAUGAGGGGUGGUGGGGUCGGGAGGUUCCAGAUGCUGGAUGCUGUUUUCCUGCAACAGCAUUUCAUGCACUUCAACUUAAUGGUGGAGGGCUUUGCCUGGGUCAUAUCCACUACUUUCUGUGAGAUUUUCUGUUUCAGGCCAUUGCUGAUUGCAGCCACUCAAUAAACUCUCCACCACACGUUUUAGAUGUCAUGCCAAAUCUCUGCAGAGUCGUAAGGAAGUAGAGGCGCUGCUGUGCUUUCUGCAUAAUUGCACCUCUGCAAUAAUGCCUCUGAUGAGGACUGGCUCAUGGACCUCUGAUUUCCCUCUCCUGAAGUCUAUAAGUUCGCUGAUGACACGACUGUGGUGGGUCUCAUCAGCAAGAACGAUGAGUCAGCUUACAGAGAGGAGGUGCAGCAGCUAAUGGACUGGUGCAGAGCCAACAACCUGUCUCUGAAUGUGAACAAAACAAAAGAGAUGGUUGUUGACUUCAGGAGGGCACGGAGCAACCACUCCCCGCUGAACAUCGACGGCUCCUUGGUAGAGAUCGUAAAGAGCACCAAAUUUCUUGGUGUUCACCUGACGGAGAAUUUCACCUGGUCCCUCAACAACAGCUCCAAAGCAAAGAAAACCCAGCAGCGUCUCUACUUUCUGCGAAGGCUGAGGAAAGUCCAUCUCCCACCCCCCAUCCUCAUCACAUUCUACAGGGUCGUAUUGAGAGCAUCCUGAGCAGCUGCAUCACUGCCUGGUUGGAAAAUUGCACCAUCACGGAUCGCAAGACCCUGCAGCGGAUAGUGAGGUCAGCUGAGAAGAUCAUCGGGGUCUCUCUUCCUGCCGUCACGGACAUUUACACCACACGCUGCAUCCACAAAGGAAACAGCAUCAUGAAGGACCCCACGCACCCCUCAUACAAUCUCUUCUCCUUCCUGCCAUCUGGCAAAAGGCUCCGAAGCAUUCUGGCUCUCACGACCAGUUUCUUCCCCCAAGCUAUCAGACUCCUCAAUACCCCAAGCCUGGACUGACACCUUGCCCGACUGUCCUGUUUAUUAUUUAUUGUAAUGUCUGCACUGUUUUUGUGCACUUUAUGCAGUCCUGGGUAGGUCUGUAGUCUAGUGUAGCUUUUUUCUGUGUUUUUGUUUUGUAGCUCAGUCUAGUUUUUGUAAUGUGUCAUGUAACAUUGUUGAGAAACGUUGUCUUUUUACAGCAGUUAUGGUCGAAAUGACAAGAAAGAGUUAUUUGACUUGAGCCCCUCCUUGGUCCCGUUGACCCUGGAGGCGAGGCAAGAGCGCCGCCCUGCCCGUCAUUGGCCAGAAAGAAGCUGUCAAUCAAGAGCCCCGCCCACUCGCCUUUGCUUGCCGCCAAUGGGAGAAGCGGCGCGCUGGAGGUCACGUGGUGGCCUGCUCUAAUGGGAGAAGCGGCGCGCUGGAGGUCACGUGGUGCUCGGCUCCAAUGGGAGAAGCGGCGCGCUGGAGGUCACGUGGUGCUCGGCUCCAAUGGGAGAAGCGGCGCGCUGGAGGUCACGUGGUGCUCGGCUCCACUGUCGCUCCCCCGUUGGCAUGGUGACGGCUGACCGACCAUGGCGCUGCUCGCCUCCCGGCUCCGGGCCUUCGGUUUGUUUGCUCCGGUGCUCGUCCAAGAUGUUUGGUCUGAGCUUACAAUAACGCAUAAUAGCAGCAGUGCUCACCAAACGAUUGAACUAAAAUGCAUUUCUUCAGAGAAUGAUAGCAGAUUUGAAUGGAUGAAAAGUGAAACCGACAUAGCGUCUGUUUAUAAACUGUCCGCUGACAAUUCCAGCUUGUAUAUUCCUGAUGCUGACUAUGAUGAUUGCGGAUUAUUUACCUGCAUUGCAACAAAUAAUAGUUUCGUUGAAAAAGAAACAUUCAAUUUAGUUAUUGACGGCAUGCAACCACAUGAGUACAGGAUAAUAACAGUGGCCAUUUUUGGUCUUGGCUGCAUGCUGACAUCAGUUAGCGCCUUCAUGCUUUCAACGACGUUUCGAUACACAGAUAAGAAAGCACAGAAAUUCAUGAUCGUUCUGACUCUGCUGUUCCUGAUGGGUUCACUAACGCUUCUUCUACUGGCCGCCAUUUUAUGGAUUGUAAAAGAUGGUUGGAGUAUUGAGCCCGUGUUUCUGCUGCUCUUUUUGCUGAUCUUUACGCUCAUAUCUGUGGCAACAUUUACUGGAAAAUUCAUGGGUCGAUGUCAGCAUCUUUGGUCGAAUAGCUGGCUCCCAAUUCUGGCGGCAUUGUUUGUGCAAUUAUCGAUCAUCACCACGGUCAUUCUGAUAAUGAAGAAGUAUGAGUACAGCGAGGAAGGCUGUGCGCCUGAAUGGCCUUUGAUACACAAAUUACUUGGUGCAGUGGCCUCACCCUUCAUACUGUGUCUGAUAGUCUUCACUUACAGAAAGCUAGUUGACGUGAUAAUACAAUGUCAAAACAGCGUCUGCCAAGAAGAUGAAGAAAGUGAGGAAGAGCAUGACAAAGAGGAAGAUGAACAACCAAUGGACUGAAGUGUAAUUAAACCCGUCGAAAUGGCUCAGAACAUCAUCUCGGUGGUUCUUGGCUGCCUUGAUAAGAAGAUUGAGUUUGAACAUGAAGCUCCUGUGGACAGAAUGUUUAGGAAUGCUGUGGGGUGGGGGUGGGGAGAGAGGGCAACUGCUGGCGGCAGGGACAAUGCCCCAAUGCGGCAGCCAGUUAAUACACAUAGCAACUUGCUCUUAGGAAUGUCGUUGUAAUCUGUUUCAUCUUCAACCAAACUUGCACAGUCCCCAUGUUUACAAAUGGAGCACUUUGGCAGGAGCUUCCCAAUCAGAUUAUAUGAUUGUUACUGUCAACAGUUCCAUUCUCUCCAGAGUAACCUGCAUCAGGCUCCUGAUAUGAAAUAGAUGGUGAUCUUUGCUCAGAGUGGCAGGUUUCCAGUUGAGGAAACUGGCAGACUUCCCCCUCAACUCUGCAGUGAACUGAUUCUAAUCCAGGCCUUUGCUUCUCCACAGGUCCCAUAAACCUUGCUGUUGUUGUCUAACACACAUCCAGCAAAUCUGUCCAUUCUCAGCAGGUAAGGUGUGACAUUGGAGAAAACGUGUGUUAUCUGUGGGCUGCAGCAGUUGCUCGGUAUCACUGUCCUGAGCAGCAGCAGGCCAGCCCAAAGCUGGGAUCAAGUCCCGUAGCUUGAGGCGCAUGUGAACAUUAAUGUGAGGAGAUGUUUUAGCUGCUGUCAUCCAGUGACUGGGCGCCACAAUAUCUCUCUUUUAUCAACCCUCAAAUGAAAUCGGGCUGUCAAGAAUGAAAAGUGCCUUUUCAAACAUCGCCUGCUGCUUUUGUGCACGAUGGGUGCAAGUAUGGCACAUAAAGAAUUUACCUCAACAAUGUCAAUCACAUUUAUUCCCUUUGUCUGCAGUUAUAUCUAAUUUGCUUAAAUAAAUAGUUCUAUUUUACAAAUAAAAGUCCUUGCUAGAAAUUUGGAGG